UCUCCAAUAUAGGUAUAUCGACAAUGAGGCGCUAUAUCAAUCAUUGUCUCAUGGCCAGUUUGCGGUGAAAGUGUUCUGCAGCCGACACCAGAUUGACCUCGGCUCUCAGCUCAAGACCGAAAUCGACAAUGAAAAAUUGUUGGCUUUUGAUAGCUGUGGUCGCCGUCGGCACGUCUGUUGCUGGCCAGACCUCGAGUCGAUUUGAAGGCAUCGCCAGACAGGAGGAAUUCCGGACGUGGUUGAAACUGACAUCCGCUGAAAUAGCCGAGCUCCAGGCCGAAGAAGGUGAUAGCAAAUUGAGCCUCAUCCAACAAUGGCUGCACGACUUGGUGGUCAAUUUGGUUUCAACCUCUUACCCAACGGCCGUGGCCAGCAAUAUCAGUCAGCAGUGCAAGAACGACAGCAUCGAAUACGUUCACAAUCUCUAUCGGCGUGCAUGGGCUAUGCAGAUGAAGGAAUCGUCCGGCAAAGUCCCACUCGGUUUGUACGGAGCUGGUAAUGUGCACGCCGACGGAUUGUUCGACGAGUGCCUGGCCGUUCGAGCGCCAGAUUUCGACGGCCAGUAUUGCACCGCUUACUUUAAAGCGGCUCCGGUGAACGAAUCGGAAAUUCUCCUGUCAUCGGGAUGGUCUUCAUCCGCAUCAGGAGACGUCGAAGGGCGAAGCGCCAACUUGGUAACCAUUCUGCAGUUGCUUGGUUUCCUGUCGCCAAAUGCCGGACGAGUGGAGCCCAAAGUGGCGACGGCGGACGUCAUCACUUACGUUUUCCCCAGUAUCAGUUUCUGUCUGCCAUCGUCCUGCAAUGCCGACGAUUUGCGACAGGCCGUCGCCGAACUGGUCGGCAGUUACAUCAUCGCCAACUACUCCAUCGUGACCGUGACUGACGAGCGAUACUGCUUCAAAGACAACAAAGAUCCGCCGUCUUUUGACGGCCCCGACAUCACCGUCAUAGUCGUUUUGAGUCUUUUGGGCCUGGUGGUUGUCGCCGCUACGAUUCACGACACUUGGCGCAUGUUGGCGGAUGAACCUUUCGAGUCCCAGAAGGACGGACCGAUCGUCAGUUACCUGCACUGCUUCUCGGCGCUAACAAAUGGACGCAAAUUGCUGUCGAUGAAAGUCUCGAAAUCUCCGACGAAUUUGUCGUGCGUUCACGGCAUCCGCGUUCUCUCCACUCUGUGGGUGGUCAUUGGUCACACUUGGGUUAUUGGCCCGGCAUCUUUUUCAGUCAAUCCAAGCAUGGUCAAAGACGACGCUAUGAAAUGGUGGUUUCAAGGUAUUUCAAACGCCACCAUAUCGGUUGAUACUUUUCUAUUGAUGGGUGGCCUGCUGGUCUCGUUCCUUUUGCUGGUCGAGCUGGACAAGAAAAAAGGAAAAUUCAAUUUUGGAUGGUUUUAUCUUCACCGAUAUCUCAGAUUGACGCCUGUGUACGCCAUCGUUCUUGGCUUCAUUGCCACUUUGAUCGUGUACAUGGGGACUGGGCCCAACUGGUACAACGUUGAAACAUCGGCUUACGGUUGUCGCAUCAACUGGUGGUGGCAUCUUCUCUAUAUCAACAAUCUCUUCCCGACCGACAUAAACGUUCAGUGUAUGGAACAGACGUGGUAUUUGGCGCUCGACAUGCAACUCUUUAUCGUCUCACCUCUUGUCAUCUACUUGAUGUGGCGAUGGAAGAAAAUUGGACUGCCUCUGCUCGGGUUUUUAUUUAUCGGAACCAUCGCUGCCAAUUUCGCCAUUUUCGCCGUGUUCGACUUGAUGCCUACGGUGAUGCCCACCCGGACAAUGGAUACGAUCGCAAUGGGUCUGGACGCCGAUUAUUAUUACACCAAACCGUGGACUCGGGCUCCACCCUACAUCGUUGGAGUUUGGCUUGGCUGGUUCUUGUACGUCACCAAAGACUCACAGAAGCGCACAUCCAAGAUAAUAUUAGUCAUCUUCUGGACAAUGUCGUCGGCCAUCAUCUUGGCCGUCAUUUACGGCUUGAUUCCUUACUUGGAUGAAACCGCAGUGCCGGCAAUCGACCCGACAGUUAGUUUGUUUUACGGAUCUCUGCACAGAACGGCAUGGGCCGCAGCUGUAGCCUGGAUCGUCUAUGCCUGCACGAAAGGUUACGGAGGAAUCAUCAACCGACUGCUGUCGUGGAAAGGAUUUCUACCUUUGAGCCGACUGAGUUAUUGCGUCUAUCUCAUUCAUUUCGCUUAUCUUGACGCAUUCUACGCCUCCAAUCGCAAGCUCGUUUACUACACUUUCAACAGCCAACUGACGACAUAUUUGGGCAUCGUCGUCACAGUCUUCGGGCUGGCCUUUGUCGUCUCCAUUACCGUCGAGGCCUCCUUCCUCAACAUUGAGAAGCUUCUUUUUGCUUCUUUUUCACCACCUAAACCCAGAGAGUCUGAUGAUGAUAAACAAAACUCUCCAAGACGCAUCGAUUGGAAAAAUAAAUCAUGGGACAAAUAUUGAGCUUAUAUAAGAAAUACAAACGAAAUAAAUAACACAAAAU